UUUCUUCUUUUUUUUUUUUUUUUGACUGAUGAUGAUUUCCAAUUUAAUGGGCAAAUUUCUGUUUUUCUUCUUGUAUGAACAAAUCCAUGCCAUCAUCAAUGCCAUAGGAAGUCGAUAUAAUAUGAUUAUUAUAUGUGACAAUAAUCAUCAUUAACAGUUUACAAUUAAGACGGCAAUAGUUUACAACUGUAUACAAUAAAUAAAUUUACAUCAACGAAAACGACGAAAACCAAAAAAAAAAAAAAAAAAAAUCCAACUUUACUUCGAAGAAUUUUCGUUGUUUGAUUGAAGAAUUCAUCAUUUGACAGCUGAUAUUUGAACCAUUUGAAAAUUUUUCUUGUUGUUGUUGAGAGAAAAAAAAAUGUUGCCAAAUAUUCUAGUAAGAUGUAAAGAUGGUCUUAUUCUGCUGUUAACACCUUUAUUACUAUCACCAUUAUUAUGGCUCAAUUAUCAUUCUACGGAAUCAAGAUGUGCCUUUGUCGUACUUCUUAUGAUCAUUUAUUGGAUAUUUCAACCAAUACCAUUGGCAGUAACAGCAUUAAUACCGGUAGCUUUAUUUCCAUUGUUCGGUUUAGCGACCACUGAAAAAGCAUGUGAACCAUAUUUAAAAUCAACAAAUAUGCUUUUCAUGGCUAGUUUAAUUAUUGCUAUUGCAAUGGAAAAAAGUGGUUUCCAUAAACGAAUCGCAUUUCGUGUAUUGAUUUUCAUUGGAAAUGAUUUACGUAGUAUUUUCGCUGGUUUCAUGUUCGUUACAAUGUUUUUAGGCAUAUGGAUCAUUAAUACGGCUGCAACGGCAAUGAUAUUGCCAAUAGCUGAUGUGGUUGUCAAUGAAAUAUUCAAUAAUUAUCGAGAAAAAAAUCCCGAAUUAGAAAUGAUCAAUGGAAAUCCUACAAUCGAAAUUCAAAGAUCAGAUGUGAUACGUAAAUAUUCAAAAAAGAUCUCACCCGAAUUAGAUUAUAUCCGUAGGCUGCUAUAUAUUUGUAUCGCUUUUUCUGCCACAAUCGGCGGUACAUCAACAUUGACCAGUAAUGGACCGAAUUUAGUUUUUCAAUUUGUUUUAGAUCAAUUUUAUGGAAAUGUACCAGAUGUUGAUUACACUAAAUGGCUAUUAUUUUGUCUUCCUGCUACCAUAUUGAGCGUAUUUCUUUGUUGGUGUUAUAUCACAAUGAUUUAUUUGAAGCCUAGAAUAAAUGCACAGGUAAAAAAUACAUCCACAACAGCUUUGAUGCAGAAAUAUAAUGAACUUGGAUCGAUAACAUUUCAUGAGAUUGCUGUAUGCAUAACAUUCGUUGUAUUGAUCAUAUUAUGGAUGUUUCGUGAUCCACAAUUCUUGACUGGAUGGGCACGAAUGUUAGGACAUGAUAUCAUUCCCAAAGAUACAACACCAGCUAUAUUGAUGGUCAUUCUAUUGUUUUGUAUACCAAGUAACCCAUUUGGUCCAUUUCCAAGUGAAUCAUUAUUGGAUUGGAAAUUUGCUCAAUCAAAAUUAGCUUGGGGUGUCAUUUUGUUGCGUGGUGGAGGAUUUGCAAUGGCUGAUGCUGCAAUGAGCUCUGGUCUAACAAGAUUAAUCGGUGAACAAUUAGUUAAAAUUAAUGAAUUACCUUUUUGGUCUAUUGUGGUGAUUAUCAGUUUGACAGCUUCAUUUACAACCGAAUUGGCCAGUAAUUCAGCUAUUGCGUCGGUUUUUCUUCCAAUUUCAGGUCAAAUUGCAUUAUUUUUGAAUAAAAAUCCAUUAUUUUUCAUCAUACCGGUAACAUUAUCAUGUUCAUAUGCAUUCGUAUUGCCAGUUGGAACACCGGCAAAUGCAUUGGUUGCAUCACAUGCUAAAUUAAAACCAUUUGAUACGGUAUUACCAGGAUUUGUGACGAAAAUGAUUUGCAUUACAAUAAUGUUCUGCAAUCUAUUUAUUCUUGGUGUUCCAAUGUUUUCAUUGGAUUCAUUACCAAUGUGGGCAAAUACGACAUCACUGGAAACAAUUUAAAUCACUAAUAUUCGGUUGAUGGAUGGCCUAGUCCGUGUUUUGUUUUUCGAUUGUUAUGUAAUUUUUCAAUUCAAUAUUUAUUUCAAUUUUCGUUUUAAUUU